GGAGACACCAGCACGGAGACAGAGGAUGGGUCAUCUUCUAUCAAACUGAUUUACGUCUCAGUCUUCAUUGUAAAAGACAGAUAGAUGCAAACAUGAAGUUUUGCAGCUGCCUGCUGAUCUUACUGGUGUUAAUAUCAUCAAUCCUAGACAUGGCAAAUGGAUAUGCAGAAGUUUAUUAUAGCGAAUGCUUAGAACCCAAUACUGGGAGUGACCCAUGGUGGAGACUGUAUAUGACUUAUACAUAUCGUGUGAACAGAGUUGUCUUCAAUAACAGACUAAACUGUGGAUCAGAACAAAUAACUGGAGCAGAGCUUCGCAUUGGCAGCUCGGAUGUCAACAACGGCAACAGCAAUCCACUAUGUGCUAUUAUUGAUGGUAUUCCAGCCAACGAGUCCCACACCUACUAUUGUAAUGGAUUGAUGGGAUAUUAUAUCAAUGUGUUCCUUCCUGGAGAUAAUAAGAACCUUAGUCUGUGUGAGUUGUGGGUCUAUAGAGAAGAAAAUUUGGCGACUGGAGCAGCUGUUAUUCAGUCAUCAACAUGGGAUGAUUUCUAUGCUGAAAGAGCUAUCGAUGGCAGACUAGAUUCACCGUGCACAGAAACUGUUGCUGGGAGUGACCCAUGGUGGAGACUGGAUCUGCAGGCCAUAUAUCGUAUAAACAGUGUUGUCAUUACAAACGUUUUGUACUGCUGUGCAGAUCGAAUUAACGGAGCCGAGAUUCGCAUUGGAAACUCUUUGGAGAACAACGGCAACAACAAUCCAUUAUGUGCUGUUAUAACUAGUAUCGCAUUAGGUCAGCCCCACACCUACAAUUGUUCUGGAAUGGAGGGACGUUAUCUGAAUGUGUUUAUUCCUGGGAAUGACAAGAUUCUGUCUAUGUGUGAGGUGGAGGUCUUUGGGGAGUUAUCACCAUCAAAUCAUGAAAUGGAAAAUGGAUAUCCAAAAAAUUUGGCAUCAGGAGGAGGUGUUAUACAGUCAUCCACAUCUUCCAGUGGAUCUGCUGACAAGGCUAUUGAUGGCAAACUAGAUACGUUCACAGAAAGCCUUUCUGAGAGUGACCCAUGGUGGAGAGUGGAUCUGGGUUAUACGUACCGCGUGGACAGUGUUGUCAUUAGUAACAGACUAGACUGCUGCUCAGACCAAAUCAAUGGAGCAGAGAUUCACAUCGGAAACUCUUUGGACAACAAUGGCAACAACAAUCCACUAUGUGCUGUUAUUUCUGGUAUUCCUGCAGGUCAGUCCUACAUCUACUCAUGUGGUGGGAUGGUGGGACGAUACGUCAAUGUGUUUCUUCCUGGGGCUGGGAAGAUUCUUAAUCUAUGUGAGGUGGAGGUUUAUAAGGAAGAAAAUUUGGCACAAGGAGCAGCUGUACUACAGUCAUCAACAUGGUUUGUUAACUAUGCUGAAAAAGCUAUUGAUGGCAAACUAGAUUCAACAUGUACACAAACUAUAUACGGGAGUAACCCAUGGUGGAGGUUGGAUCUGGGUGCUGUGCACUGUAUAGACCGGGUUGUCAUUACAAACAACGUUGAUUGCUGUCCACAACAGAUAGUGGGAGCAGAGAUUCGCAUUGGAAAAUCUUUGGAAAACAACGGAAAUAACAAUCCACUAUGUGCUGUUAUUUCUGGUAUUCCAGCAGGUGAGUCCUACACCUACAGUUGUUCUCUAAUGGAGGGACGUUAUGUGAAUGUGUUUCUUCCUGGAGAUGAGAAGAUCAUUGCUAUGUGUGAGGUCGCGGUCUUUGCAGAUGUCUGUGUUAAAAGGUCUAUGGUACAGAUGAAGUUUAGCUCCAGUGCUGAUUUGACUGACACUACAGUGAAAAACAAUCUACUGAAAGAGUUGGAAACUGCUCUGGAUAACAGCGGAUUAAAAAAUGUGACGGUGCAGUGGUCUCAAGACCCUGUGAAGGAAAUUAUCAUGGUGAAAGAUGAAAUACCUUGCAGAGACGAAAAUUAAUCUGGGGAAUUUAUGCUGAUCUUGAAAAGUUAAAUGCUAAUUUAAUUGACAUUACAUAAGAUUUCUUUUGUCUCUUUAAAUAAAAAUCAUAAUGUACUGUAGAUUUUAAAGACUUUUAAAGAUCUCUGCUUACUUUAUUCUGUAAUAUCUAGAUAAAACUUUCAGCUAUUUAUAAUGUCAACAUAUCAUUAGUUGGUUG